AUGACAUCACCGUAUGUGAUUACUAUACCGAAAAGCGAUUUUCAGUUGAAGAAAGUAGCCGAUUUUUCUGCUGGAAUAUUCAUUGACAACUCGGGAUCUACAGGUUCACAAUUAAUAACAACUGGAAAGUAUGUUUUGCAAGCUGAAUUGAGUAUCUGUCAAGCAACGAAUUUUGAUCACGUUGUGCUUUGGAAUUCGUCUGCAAGAUUAUGCUCAGAUAUUGAAUCCGCACGACCGGAAGGUGGUACGUCACCCAUAGCAAUUUUUCAAAAUGAAUCAACACGAAAUGCAUUUCAAACAUGUGACGUUGUUGUUUUUGUCACCGAUGGAGAAAUCGACAAUCACAGUGUUACUCAGUUUGCCGCUUAUACAAAAGACAAUCUAAAUAAAGCUUUGGUUAUCUGUAUUAUUGUUCAGAAUAAGUACGGAUCACCAUCGCAGAUCAAUGUGUCUGUUGUUGCACCGUUGAUGAUGGCAUCGAAUGUGCUAUGUCUUGUCUACGACGGCGAGAUCUUCUAUAUUCUCUCAUCGAAAGGGUAUAUCGCGAACUUCUAUUCACCAUCGGGUGAUUUGAGUUCAUAUGAAAAUUUGAAGACAUUGAAUAUGAAAGAAUUAUUCGAGAACACGGAAAUCUAUGAACAUCAAACGAUUCCCGAAGGUUGUAUUCCAAUUCGUGAUGAUGAGAAAGAGAUUGUCGUCAUUGAUCUGAAUCAAUUUUUAAAUAUCAAAGAUGUCGAAUCGAUUUCGAAUUUAAAUGAAAAUGAUUGGAAAACAUUGAUUCAAUAUGGUAAAAUUGGAAACAAAUUACAUGACUUUCGUACAUUUGUUUCACAAAUGAAAAUGCAAGCAAUAAAAAUGGAUACGGAAAGCUGUAAAUCGAAGUUUCCGUUUCAAUUCUGUCGGCAACGCGACGAGAUCGUUUCACAAAUCGUUACGCUGAAACUGCUGAAUCAAACCGAAGGUUCCCAACAAUUGAACAACCUUCGUCGACAACUUCACGAAGUAUCCGAUCAAGCGAAACUCGAGGAAAUCGAAUAUCUGAAAUAUGUCAACGAAAAUUUGCAUAAGACACGCCAUUAUUGGAAUACAAUUCAAAAUCUCAUCCACGAGCAAGAAACAGGUUCUUAUUCGAUCAACGAUUUCACUUUCGCAUCGAAUCGAGCCAAUCGAGCGCGAGUUCUCGCGACAAAUGAUGACGAACAUUCCGAUACAAUCGACAUCUUGGAUCAUACAAAUGUUCCUCUCUUCGAAUGCGCAAUUUGCAUGGAACAAGGUCCGUUCGUACUCUGGUUAAAAUCACCGAUGAAUCUUGAUGAUACAACAAGCGAUUUCAUCAUUAACUUUCCUCUGGAAGGAAACGAAAAUUUAGCGGGUUGUCUCGUUGCAAAUCCUGUUUGCGGUUUUUGCGCCAAACCUUACAUGAAUUCAUCUCCAGCGAAGAUAACUCUCUAUCGCGAGCCGUACUCAGGCUUUCUGCCCUUGAACUGGUCAACCGAAUCGAAUCGAAAGUUUAUUAAUUACACUUUAUUUCAAACUCUCACUGGUAAUCGAAUUCUUCCUCAUGUACAAAUGUUACUUUUUUCCAUAAUUGAUGAAUGUCAAUUCAACUGGCUCGAUAAGAACGUCAAAGAGUAUAUUCUACGGCAGAUGAUUGAGAGCAUCUAUACAACUGAUACGUUUUCCGAAGAAGGAACCCGGAUGAGAUUUUCCGAUGCGAUCAGACAAGUCAUUAAGCACGAAGAUAAACUUUUACGGCAGCCAAUUCAAGCGGUGUGUCGAAUUUUGAAUUUUAACCAUAAAUACAAUCAGUUGGACAACGAUACUAUCCAAAUUCUUCUACGAAAACGUUUUGCGUUGAUGUGCAUCGAGAGUCAAUGUUCGAAAACGAAAUUCGGACCGGAGCAUUUGCUUAAUGUCAAACAAGAGUUAUACAAUGUACUUUUCGAUACUCUCUGUGGCAUUCCACUGUAUGAUUCGUUGAAGAAAAUCGAUAUCGACAACGAACAUCUACGCGAUUUCUUGGGCAAAUCUCAUCAUCGAUUUGUUCGUUCGGUUACUAAACUUGCUCGUAAUAUGGGUACUGAUUAUUCGACGAUACUUCCAAGUGAACUCGUCUCAUUCGUCUUGUUUAUGUUAACAACAGUGGAAGUGCACGAUCGACCAAUGAAAUUGUAUACAGAUUUUACCAUCAAAUACCGAGCAUUACGAGAAAAGAUGGAGAUUCAAUGGCCGGAGUUAAAAAAACUUGUCAACGACAAAGUAUUCGGAAAUUAUCAUACGUCAUUAAAGACUAUCGUACCUUCUUAUGCAAUCAAUCUUGGUCGAUUUUCGUGUCCGAGUAAAUUAUUCUUCGACAUGGAACCAUUGUGGAAUAAAGAUGUGGAAAACAAACGAAUUGAUCUGAGAAUGCUUAUCGAUCAAGUCAAGCAAAAUUUUGAUCAUAAAUUGAGGCAAUUCUAUGGCAGUUGUACACCGAAUCAAACUAGUAGUCAUUUUCUUUUACAUUCAAUCGUUGCACAGGUACUUGAAGACAUCCAUCCCAAUGAAACGAAGAUUAGUGAAGAAAUGAUCAUGAAUUGCAUGAUUCAUCUUGGCCACACCGCAGGACGCAAAGGAAAUAUCUAUGCGGACUACGUAUUUCCAGAUGUAGUCGUAACCAUUGAAGAUUAUCUUCGACUUCGGCAAACAACGAUCAAUCGUAGUCAGGUUGGCCAAGAUCAACUAUCACGUUCAUAUGAGUAUAAACUUCUUAGUGAACUACUUGCAAGUGGAUUGGAAUAUGAUGAAUCAACCAAGGAAGUCCUAUUCGAUACAUCGAGAUUACAAGUGCCACAUGCUCUUGACAUAACUGGAAAUGCAAGCAAUUUUCGCGAAUUAAGACAACGUGUUCAACAACUCUACAUUGAAUCACGAGAGAGAAUGAAGACGAACAUCGAUCAAACAUGUUUGACUAUCGAAAUCAAAGAUUUUAUCGAAUUCGAAUAUAAACUAGACCCCGAUGAUCUUUUGCCCGUCUGGACACAAGAACAAAAUAACAUUGUCUCAUCAAUCGUAAUCGAUGUUGAUCAAAUCGAACAACCGGUUAAAUAUAUCGCUGGUUUAGAUAUAAGUUUUGUUAAAACAAACGACAAAGCUGUUGCUUCGAUGGUUAUUUUCGAUUAUUCAACAUUGAAUAUCGUGGCGAAAAUCAGCGUGAAUUGUAACAUGAAAAUUCCGUACAUUCCAAAUUACCUCGCUUUCCGUGAAGCGCCGGUUUUUAUGAAAUUGAUCGAUAUUCAGAAAGAGCAUUGUCCUCAUUUAACACCACAAGUGAUUCUUAUGGAUGGAAACGGUGUUUGGCAUCCGCGUCGAGCUGGUAUUGCUUCGCAUUUUGGUGUUUUAAGUGGUAUACCAUGUUUUGGUGUAUCGAAGAACGUUCUCUACGCAGACGGGAUGACGCGAGAGCGAGUUGAAGACUUGCUGACGAAUCAAGCAUCGAAAGAAGAUCAAUAUAUUGAAGUUAUCGGUGACAGUGGAAAUGUUCUUGGUUUGGCUUAUAAUGUAACUGGUCAUGUGAAAAAUGCGGUUUAUAUCAGCGCGGGACAUCAAAUAACUUUGCCGACAGCUUGUGAAAUAUUCAAAUCUGUGACUAAAUAUCGUAUCUGCGAACCGAUACGACAAGCGGAUUUACUUAGUCGAGAAAUGGUGACGAAAUUGACCUAA